GAGCAUGGCCCAGCUGGGCGCCAUCGCGGCUCUCUCCCUCAGCUUCCUCGCCGCCGCCUUCCUCUCGGCCAUCCACAAGAUCGAGGAGGGGCACAUCGGCGUCUAUUACCGCGGCGGGGCGUUGCUGACCUCCACCAGCGGGCCCGGCUUCCACCUCAUGCUGCCCUUCAUCACGUCCUACAAGUCAGUGCAGACCACGCUGCAGACAGAUGAGGUGAAAAAUGUUCCUUGUGGUACCAGUGGAGGAGUGAUGAUUUAUUUUGACAGAAUUGAGGUGGUGAAUUUCCUCAUCCAGAGUGCAGUAUACGACAUAGUGAAGAACUACACUGCUGACUAUGACAAAGCUCUCAUCUUCAACAAGAUUCACCAUGAGCUGAACCAGUUCUGCAGUGUCCACACGCUGCAGGAGGUCUACAUUGAGCUGUUUGAUCAGAUUGAUGAAAACCUUAAACUGGCCUUGCAGCAAGACCUAACCACAAUGGCCCCUGGAUUAAUUAUACAGGCAGUUCGAGUUACAAAGCCAAACAUCCCUGAAACAAUCCGGAGGAAUUAUGAGCUCAUGGAGAGUGAGAAGACAAAGCUGCUGAUUGCAGCACAGAAGCAGAAGGUGGUGGAGAAGGAAGCGGAGACAGAAAGGAAGAAAGCCCUCAUCGAGGCAGAAAAAAUUGCACAAGUUGCUGAAAUAACUUAUGGACAGAAAGUGAUGGAAAAGGAAACGGAGAAGCGGAUUUCAGAGAUUGAAGAUGCUGCAUUUCUUGCAAGAGAGAAGGCAAGAGCUGAUGCUGAAUGCUACACUGCUAUGAAAGUAGCUGAGGCUAACAAGCUGAAGUUAACUCCUGAGUACUUGCAGCUGAUGAAAUACAAAGCUAUUGCAGCAAACAGCAAGAUAUAUUUUGGCAAAGAUAUUCCCAACAUGUUCAUGGACUAUGCGGGAAGCCAGACCAAGUUUGCAGAGGGACUGGCAGAAGGAAUCCAAGAAGAGGAUGGGGCAGGAACCAGUGAGGACACAAAACUACUUCAUAAUGUCAACUGAAAAGAAAGAUUUCUAUUCGUUUUAUAUCAAAAGAAACAUGAACUGGGAAGCUCCUUUUUGUUUUCCCCCUUUCCUGUACUGAAAGAGAUGAAUCAGACUUAAUCCUUUCAAUCUUUUGUAUGACAAUUAGACACAAAGACUUUGGUAUUUACGGGGUGUUUUUUCUGGUAACUUCUAAGCAGCCAGCUCCAGGUACGUCCUCGAGAUGCACCUCUCCCUGCUCUUGGACUUAUAGACCAAAUUAUUCUGGAGAGGCUAGCUAGACUAUCUGUUCUGCAGCCAGCUUAGAUGGGUACUUAAUUUUGGAUUGAGGUGGUUCGUAGCAAGGGGAAGUAAAGACACUUUGAGGUUUUGGAGGGAGGGAAUUGCUGCUACAACUUGUUCCUUUGGGUUUUUUUUUUCUUGUUGGAAAUUUCGAGUACUUUAUUUCAAACCCCUUUUAAAAAAAGGUGCUAGACUUUUGUACACUACGCGUGUCUGCUUGAAGGCCCGGACCUUGUCCACAUGGCAGGUUACUGCCCGUUGUGUGGCACGCUGGGACGAUCUGACGGCCUGUGUCUAUGCUCCAGGUCCGUCCUGAGUGCAGAGUGUAGCAAAUGCACAAAACCACCUUUUACUGAGGUCUGAGCCAACGUGUUUUGCCUUGGUAGGGCAGCUGAGACCACGUGCACAGUGAGUUACAGAAGUUCAGCUGAAAUCCUGCAGGUUACCUAGUUACCGUGGGGGGAUCUAAGCCUUAGACCAUGUGUCACGCAGGUAGUGACCCAAACUGUUCAUUUUCUGCAUCUUAACACUGGUUUGUUUUCCAUUUGUCAUAUUUGGGGAGGGCAAAGGGGAGUCUGUAUUUUGAGGCUUUUUCCAGCAGUUUAGCUGCUAGGUGAGGGCUGUAGGCAUGCUGAUGGAGGCGGUGUCCUGCCAGUGGAUAAUUAGACUUGAUUUUCAGUGAAACCAGACUGCAAGCACGGUACUUGUCACAGCCUACGUAGUUAGAAAAACUAGGGAGAAAAGAAUUUUUGUCUCAGGGACCCUGACUUUGCAAAAAGCCUUGCUGGUGAGUAACUGCUUGAAUGACUAGUCCCACGGUCAUUACAGUACGCUAUCUGCCUCUGCAAGACCAAUUGGUUUUCAGUGUUUACAGUGUCUUAUUAGAAAGAGGACAUUCAGGUAAACUGAAAUGAAUGGAACCGAGUUACUGUUGGUUUGGGGUUUUUUUUUCUGAAUAGACCUUGUGAAAGGAAGAUGUACUAGUAGCAAAGGACACAAAACAUCAUACUGAAAAGUCACAGGGCAAAGAAAGGAACCUCUUGUCUCUGAACUGUCCAAAGAUAAAUUUUCCUUUUUCGCUCAGAACAGUGCUAUAUAACAUACCUUUCACUUCAGAAAACUGAUUAAUUCUUCACAUACCAGCUGCAAAGAGGUAAUAGGGUUUUGUUUUACACACAUGCAAAACUUGAGGGGGUGUUAAAGACAAAAGUUCAGGCCGAGAGAGAACGUUUUUUUUUCUCUCCCUAAUCCAUCUGCCACUUGGCAGGAGAGCCUGUUUAUUAAUUGCUGUUAUAAUCUGCGGCCAACGUACUAAUAUGAGGUGAUGCAAGUGUAAGUGCUAACUUAGUUGUCAGAGACCAGCCUAUUGCAUUUACAAUCUUGUGCCCCAAAUGCUUGCUACCUACUACACUUGGUUUCACUACUCUUCAGUGUUUUAAAUAUGCAUUAGUCUUUUUAAUAAGGCGAUCACACUAAGAAAUCUGAUGAAUCUCAGCUGCUGGUUCCAGUAUUUUUACUUAAUUUUUCUUUUCCCUGUUAGGAGAGUGACUAUUGAUACUUGAAAAUGCAAAAUAAAAAAAUAAGCAUCAGUUUCUGCUGGGGAAAAAUCCCAUCUCCUAUGUGUCGUCUUUGUAUUCGUUGGAAAAUACGAGCUAAGGGAAGUUCCAUCUCCAGACCUAUGUACUACAUUACACAACACAGCAGUCAAAAAAUUGCAUUAAUAGGUAGGCUGUAAUAUUACUGACUUUUUAUAAAUAGGUCUCUGCAGGAAGAUUAUGAACAGGGAAUAGCAGAAACUUAGCAAUGAGGUAAUAGUACCUAAACCUUUGAGGAUGAUCUCAUUUGGGAUUGUUCUACGUUCACGUUAGAGAUUUCCAUCAGUAACUAAAACCUACUUUUUACGCAAGUAUUUUUCACUAAUGAAAAGACCCAAAUAAGCCAAAGUGGUAUUAUAAAGUAUGUUUUUGUAUGACUUCAUAGUAAGACAAUAGUUUGGAAUAAAUAGGUCUUAAUGAUUUUUUAAAUUGAAAACAUUACUGCUAAAGUAUUCUUGUAAUUUAGUUAAAUUGUAAUCAGAGUAAAAAAGCAAAAACAAAGUUGGAAUCAUACCAGUCUUCACAAGCCAAAAUCCAUUGUUGCGUUUUCAUUCAGGUUUCUUCAUUAUAUGUAUAAUUUCCUUAAUUUUCCAGAGCAGAUCUGUCACUACAUUAUUCCAGCUAUCUCUUUAACUGAUAUUUUGUCCUAUUUCCAUAAUCUGAAAUCUUGAAAUGAAGAUCUGAAUUUUAAAAUCACUCUGUAUAACAAAGAAAAUACAGGUUUGUGGCACUGCUGAUACCUGAAAAUUGCUGGCGGGAGCAUGGUAAUGCUUUACCAGUACAGUCUUUGAUCUUCUUAUGUAUUGAAUUAAAAGCCUUUUUAUUUUGGUAUUUGCUAUGACAAUAAAAUGGCCUUCAAUUUUA